CUCCGAGUGGGCGGAAGUGGAGGCUCCGGCGGUCUCGGCGGCCUCGGUCCCGGGAAGUCUCAGGCGGGAGCCGCCGGGAGCCCCAUCGGCGGGGCCGGAGGUGGCCACAGGCCGGCUGGAGGUUACUCCAAGUACUUUGUGACUUGAUCCACAAAGCACCAUGUCUCGGUCCCGUCAACCCCCGCUGGUGACGGGCAUUUCUCCAAAUGAAGGAAUCCCAUGGACGAAGGUCACCAUUAGAGGAGAAAACUUGGGGACAGGCUCCAUGGACCUCAUCGGUUUAACCAUUUGUGGCCACAAUUGCCUCCUGACGGCAGAAUGGAUGUCUGCGAGCAAAAUAGUAUGCCGGGUGGGACAAGCCAAAAAUGACAAAGGGGACAUUAUUGUCACAACCAAGUCAGGUGGCAAAGGAACCUCAACCGUCUCUUUCAAGCUCCUCAAGCCUGAAAAAAUAGGUAUUUUGGAUCAGUCGGCAGUAUGGGUUGACGAGAUGAAUUAUUAUGACAUGCGCACCGACAGGAACAAAGGAAUUAGCCCCUUGUCCCUCCGUCCUGCAAACCCGCUUGGCAUCGAUAUCGAAAAAAGUAAAUUUCCCCAGAAGGAUUUGGAAACGCUGUUCCCAGGAAUGAGUGCGGAUUUCACCAGUGAGAAUUUCUCAGCCGCCUGGUACCUGAUAGAGAAUCAUUCCAACACGAGUUUCGAACAGCUGAAGAUGGCGGUCAGCAACCUGAAGAGGCAGGCCAGCAAGAAGAGCGAAGGCAGCCUGGCCUACGUGAAAGGGGGGCUCAGCACGUUCUUCGAGGCGCAGGACGCACUGUCCGCCAUCCAUCAAAAGCUAGAAGCGGAUGGAACGGAAAAAGUCGAGGGAUCCAUGACGCAAAAACUGGAGAAUGUCCUCAACAGAGCGAGUACUACCGCCGACACGUUAUUUCAAGAAGUUUUAGGUCGAAAGGACAAAGCAGAUUCCACUAGAAAUGCACUUAAUGUGCUUCAGCGAUUCAAGUUUCUGUUCAACCUUCCUCUAAAUAUUGAAAGGAAUAUUCAAAAGGGUGAUUAUGAUGUGGUUAUUAAUGACUAUGAAAAGGCCAAGUCCCUGUUUGGGAAGACGGAGGUGCACGUUUUCAAGAAAUACUAUGCCGAGGUGGAAACCCGGAUUGAUGCCCUGCGGGAGCUGCUCCUGGACAAAUUGCUGGAGACGCCGUCCACCUUGCACGACCAGAAGCAUUAUAUACGGUACCUGUCGGAUCUGCACGCGCCGGGCGACCCCGCGUGGCAGUGCAUCGGGGCCCAGCACCGCUGGAUCCUGAGGCUCAUGCUCAGCUGCAAGGAGAACUACGUCCAGGACCUGAAAGGUACCCCCAGCCUUCACAGCCCCCUGCUGGACCUCGACAGUGACGUGCGCCCCGGUUCCUCCGUGCUGAGCCACCUCAGCCAGACGGCGUCUCUCAAGAGGGGCAGCAGCUUCCAGUCCGGCCGCGAUGACACCUGGCGGUACAAGACCCCCCAUCGGGUCGCGUUCGUCGAAAAACUGACCAAGCUCGUUUUGAGCCAGCUGCCCAGCUUCUGGAAGCUCUGGAUCUCCUACGUGAACGGGAGCCUGUUCAGCGAGACCGCUGAGAAAUCAGGCCAGAUGGAGAGAUCCAAGAAUGUAAGGCAGAGACAAAAUGAUUUUAAGAAAAUGAUUCAGGAAGUGAUGCAGUGCCUCGUGAAGCUCAUCCGCGGGGCCCUGCUCCCCCUCAGCGUCCCGGAAGGCGGCCUGAGGCAGUACGGGGGCUGGGAGGUGAAGGCCGAGCUCUCCGGACCGUGGCUGGCGCACGUCAUCCAGACCCUGAGGCUCACGUAUGAAUCCCUGUCCGCACUGGAAAUUCCUAACGACAUGCUGCAGACCGUCCAGGACCUCAUCCUGGAUCUCCGAGUGCGUUGUGUGAUGGUCACAUUGGAACACACAGCGGAAGAAGUCAAGAGAUUAGCAGAAAAAGAAGAUUGGGUUGUCGAUAACGAAGGCCUGACUUCUCUCCCGUACCAGUUCGAACAGUGCAUCGUCCACGCUCUGCAGUCUCUGAAGAGCGUCCUGGACUGCAAGCCCGGGGAAGCCAGCGUCUUCCAGCAGCCCCAGACCGAGGAGGACGUCUGCCAGCUGAGCGUCACGAUCAUGCAGGUUUUUAUCUGCUGUUUGGAGCAGUUGAGCACCAAACCUGAUGCGGACAUAGACACCUCACACCUGUCCGUUGAUGUUUCUUCCCCUGACUUGUUCGGGAGCAUCCAUGAAGACUUCAGCUUGACGUCCGAGCAGCGACUCCUGAUCGUGCUCAGCAACUGCCGCUGCCUGGAGCGACACACCUUCCUGAACAUCGCGGACCAGUUCGAGCUGCACAGCUUCCAGGGCGCAGAGCGGAUCACACAGGUCAGCAUGGCCUUCCUGAAGGAGCUCGACCAGAAGCUCUUCGAGAAUUACAUCGAGCUUAAAGCGGACCCCAUCGUGGGCUCCCUGGAGCCCGGGAUCUACGCCGGCUACUUCGACUGGAAGGACUGUCCCCCGCCGACCGGUGUCAGAAACUAUUUAAAAGAAGCACUGGUGAAUAUAAUUGCUGUGCACGCAGAGGUGUUCACAAUCUCCAAAGAACUGGUGCCUCGGGUGCUGUCCAGGGUGGUGGAAACUGUGUCUGAAGAGCUGAGCCGCCUGAUGCAGUGCGUCUCGUCCUUCAGCAAGAACGGGGCGCUGCAGGCGAGGCUGGAGAUCUGCGCUCUGCGGGACACCGUGGCCGUGCACCUGACCCCCGACAGCAGGUCGAGCUUCAAGCAGGCGUUGGAAGCCCUGCCCCCGCUCUCCAGCGGCGCCGACAAAAAGCUGCUGGAGCAGCUGCUCAACAAGUUCAAGAGCACCAUGCAGCUGCAGCUCGCCUGCUUCCAGGCCGGGGCCACCCUCAAGACCUGAGCGGGACCUGACCGAAGCGGCCCGUGCCCGCCCUCCGUCCCCUCCCCUCUCCCCUCCCCCCCUCUGCCCUCCCCGCCCGCCCUCCGUCUCCUCCCCCCUCCCCACCCGCCCUCCGUCUCCUCCCCCCUCCCCUCCCCCCCUCUCGCCCUCCCCGCCCGCCCUCCGUCUCCUCCCCUCUGCCCUCCCCGCCCGCCUAACUCAGAAAGCCGUUGGUAUUCUCGCCCCUUCUCGACCACGGAAACACGGCACUGCCCAAGCGGCGCCUGCUCGCUGCCCCCUUGCCGUGGCCCUGCUGUGACUUGCCCGUCCGUCCCAGGCGUCUGUGGUUUGGUGUUUUUUUUUUCUUUUUUUUUUUGUCUUGCCUUCGUUGCAUGGCGUGGCGUGUGAUGCCUCCUUUGGAGUGACGCUCAGCGUCACACAGACAGGCUUGGGCUGGGCAGGCCCCCGGGCCCACGGAGCCCCGGCCAGGAGGGGAGGGGACAGUUCCGUGUCCACGGCCUGGACUGCCCAGCCUCAUGCUUGCAGCUCUGAAUCUCCGAAGUCAGGGGAGUCUGUUCUUUGGAAAGGUCUGUCUCUGCACUGAAAGCUGAAAUAAAAGCCGUGUUUGGGGCA